AUGGCAAACCAGUUCCCGCUCCUCGAUCAUCAGUACAACCCUACAGAAACCUUGCGGUCCUUCUCCAAUGCAGUCUUCGCUUAUCUGGAUAUACGCUACGAGCCAAAGGGUACCCAGCUACUCGAACCCGAAAAGAUGAAGGCCCUAUUGGUGUCAUUGUCGCUUCCAGAGGAUGUCCAAAUCAACCGUCAAGUGAGCUCCUUAUUCUUCAACACUCUGUUCUUGGCCCUCUCGAUCGAGACGGUAUUCACGGCCCAUGGUCCAUCGGUGACUCGCGCGGGUCUUCUUGCUUACCUUCGUUUCGAGAUCAUGAGCGAUCCAGACGUGACCUUUACAAGCUUUGAAAUUGCAAACAAAGCAAUGCUGCUAGGACCCAAUUUUGCUCGCUCGCAGUUCCCACCAGUAGCAGAAUCCAGGGCCCAGAAAUUACAGUCGCAUAUCCAAACCAGCUUGAAUAACACUCUCAGAGACUUGGACUGGAGUGCAGCAACCGCAGAUGACGAGGCACUCAGGGCGGUGAAGAUGCGAAUCGCUUUCGAGCAGUUGGGUCAGCAGAAUGCACUGGACCUUAUCAGCCCGAGCAUUUGCUAUAUUUGCCGUAGACAAUAUUGCAUUUGCGGUGAUGAUGGAGUGCUGGACCUUAUCUAG